AUGGGACGCAUCUUCUUGGACCACAUUGGUGGAAGUCGCCUCUUUUCCUGUGCCAACUGUGACACUAUCCUGACAAACCGGGCCGAGCUUAUCUCCACACGCUUCACUGGAGCCACCGGUCGAGCUUUUCUUUUCAACAAGGUGGUGAAUCUGCAGCACAGUGACGUGCAAGACCGAGUCAUGUUGACGGGGAGACACAUGGUGCGCGACGUCAGCUGCAAGAACUGCAACAGUAAGCUGGGCUGGAUGUACGAGUUCGCCACCGAGGAGAGCCAGCGCUACAAGGAGGGUCGGGUCAUCCUGGAGCGGGCGCUGGUCAGGGAGAGCGAAGGCAUCGAGCCCGUUCCGGCUGACAGUUCCUGA